UUACUGUUUACUGGUCUUCAUAGUAUUUCUAAGUAUAGAAACAAUUUUUUUCUAUGUAUUUGAAGGCAUCUUUGCUCUGCAGCAUUUCUUUGCAUGUGCCUAGGACUUUUACACAAGCACACGCAUUAAAACCACUAAUAUUGUGGUACACCUGCCAUAGUCAAUCUGGCAACCCUGUAUGUUUUCCCGCACUGGGAAACGCACAAACUGCGGGGGUAAGAGCGCGAGCGAGAAAUAGGCGGCACUAAGACCGCGAAACUAAACGUUGUGACUUGGGAGCAAGGCAAGAAUGGGAGCUUCAGAAACUUAUUAUUAUUGAGGAGCCAGGCAGCUCGUGGAAAGGACACCGCGCUUCCCUCCUCACUCGCUAUGACCAAAAUGCGCAUGAAGAGGCAGUCAAGACAAAGCCGAUAUCCGAGUCCCCAAGUGGCGACGCAUUAAAUCCGCAGGGUUCAUACGUAAUUCACCUUUUUAGUAGAAAGCCUACCGAAGGCGCAUCUGUUGAGGGACCGCAACUCUGAUCUCCAACUUUCAGCAUCCAGGACCGGAUUAAAGCUCCUGUGUGAUCUGAUCUGACAGAGCAAAUGAGAUCAAGGGCGAAACCGCGUGCAGCGCCCGGGGACAGCUGGGCAUGUCUUUUAGUCUUCUUUCUUUUUAAUCCGUCCGUUUUUUUUUUUGUUUUGGUUUUUUACUAACGAGACAUGCGUCGUGUUCACGCAGGUUUGAGUUCAUGUUUAGUUCCCUGUACUGACUGUGACAUGCAUUAACACUGACACCUGCGGAGGGACAGGAUCCGUAUGGUUAAAUAUACGCUAGCAUGUCCGCACUGAGGAAAAAAUUUGGAGACGACUACCAGAUAGUGACCACUUCAUCCAGCGGCUCGGGUUUCGGCCAGGCCGCUCCGGAGCGCAAGCGGAAACGGCAGCGCUUCGUGGAUAAGAACGGCCGCUGUAACGUCCAGCACGGUAACCUGGGCGGAGAAACCAGUCGCUACCUGUCCGACUUGUUCACCACUCUAGUGGACUUGAAAUGGCGCUGGAAUCUGUUCAUAUUCAUCCUGACCUACACGGUGGCGUGGCUGUUCAUGGCCUUUAUGUGGUGGCUGAUCGCGUACGUGCGCGGAGACCUGAACCGAGCGCACGACAAGUACACACCGUGCGUAGCCAACGUGUACAACUUCCCUUCAGCCUUCCUCUUCUUCAUAGAGACCGAGGCCACUAUCGGCUACGGCUACAGGUACAUAACGGACAAGUGUCCCGAGGGCAUCAUUCUGUUCCUCUUUCAGUCCAUUCUCGGCUCCAUCGUGGACGCGUUUUUAAUAGGCUGCAUGUUCAUUAAGAUGUCCCAGCCCAAGAAACGGGCCGAGACGCUGAUGUUCAGCGAGCACGCAGUCAUCUCCAUGCGGGACGGAAAACUCACGCUCAUGUUCAGGGUCGGAAACCUGCGCAACAGCCACAUGGUCUCCGCGCAGAUCCGCUGCAAACUGCUUAAAUCUCGGCAGACCCCUGAAGGUGAGUUCCUCCCCCUAGAUCAGUUGGAGCUUGAUGUGGGUUUCAGCACCGGGGCAGAUCAGCUCUUCUUGGUGUCUCCCCUCACCAUCUGCCAUGUGAUUGACAGUAAAAGCCCCUUUUAUGAGCUCUCUCAGCGCUCCAUGCAGACCGAGCAGUUUGAAAUUGUGGUGAUCCUGGAAGGAAUUGUUGAAACCACAGGCAUGACUUGCCAAGCGAGGACCUCAUACACGGAAGAUGAGGUGUUGUGGGGCCAUCGGUUCUUCCCUGUCAUCUCUCUGGAGGAGGGAUUCUUCAAGGUGGACUACUCUCAAUUCCAUGCUACGUUUGAGAUCCCUACACCACCCUACAGUGUAAAAGAGCAGGACGAGGCCCUGCUCAUGUCCUCGCCGCUCACAGCUCCGUCGUUGUGUAACAGUGGUGAGAAGAACAACUCUCUGGACUGCCUGGAGCUUUUGGAGGAUGCGGAGACAACCACCAAGCUGCCAGCUAAGCUGCAGAAGAUGACGGGACGUGAAGGGCUGCCAAGGAAGCUGCUCCGAAUGAGUUCCACUACGUCAGAGAUGACCUACAGCCUGGGAGACCUGUCCACAAAACUGCAGCGCAUCAGCUCCGUGCCAGGUGUCUCUGAAGAAAAGAAUGUAUCCAAGAGUUCCAAAAUGAAUGCUGAGCCUAUCAGCAAAUCAGUGGCAGAUUUGCCUCCCAAGCUACAGCGAUUGGCAGGGGGAGGGGGUGGAGGACGCAUGGACGGACAUUUGCCACCCAAAUUAAGAAAGAUGAACUCGGAUCGCUUCACAUAGAUGACAUAAGCAACCACACACACACGUACUAUACUUCUCCCUUAGGCUUGCUAGUACAGACAGAAUCUGCGUACCUAUAAAUGAGGACAACUUUUUUAUAGAUACGCCUAGCGUACCUAUAAAUGAGGACAACUUUAAUAAAGCACAUUUGUGGAGAUUUGUGGGUAGAUAUGCAGCAAGCAAAUUCUUUCAGGUUGUGAUUGUUAAGCACAAUCUGGCAUGUAUGAAACACUAAGUGCAUGUUAAUGCAGUUUUUUGCUGUCAGGCAUGUUUUAUUUGGGCACGUUUAUGAAUAUGAAGAUUGAAUAAAAUUUGUCAAGAUAAGCUGGUCAUCUGAACAUCAAGCCAUAUGAUUGGACAAUUCCUCAUACAUGCCUGAUGUUUAUUAAUUUUAUUUGUUCUUUUGUUGUGUAGUGUAAACGUAUUUCUUAGAUUAUGUUAAAAUGCAUGUUUACUUGGAGAGGUAAUGUACUCUAAUGUUAACCUUGAAUAUAUUACCUUCUUUCACUUUUCUCAGCAGUCCACACUUGUUUUGAAGAUUUUAAGAGACAGGGUAAGCGCCAUUCGUCUACAAAAUGGGUUCAAGGGCCGUUCAUCAAAACAAUUUUAUAAAAGGAAAGUUACGUAAGCUAAGUGGAUCUUAAUGGUUUUUAGAACUAUCAGUCCUGCAUUAAAGGAAAAAAAAAAACAGAAAUCUGCUAGAUCAUUAUAAAUCCUUGAGCUCGUUUAGAGUCUGGAUGAAAAUCAUUGCACUAAUAUGAAUGCAUUAUCCCCUCUUUCUAAAUUAAGCAAUAACUAAAUGCUGUACAAACACUGACCUCUGUGUAGCUACCUUGACUAAUAUGUCUGUUGCAUUGACCUCUGAGACACAAGAAUAUGGAAAAAUUGAACUCCUGUACAUUCCAGUACAUGCCUUUUGUGGUAGACUGUUUAACAAGAACUAUAAAUCUUUACUAGCUUUAAAUUCAUUUUGAUAGUUUACACAUAGUAUAGUCUAUUAUACUGAGACUGUUGUAUAAUUAUAUAUAACUCAAUAAAUACCAUGAAAAAGGAAGAUAUGGUUCAAUGUUUAACCUUUGAAAUAAGCAUCAACUCACAUUUACUACCUAAUCGCAAAGUUAAUUCUCUCCCUCGCUGCUUGAUUGAAUGGCAAGGUAGAUUCAUGCAUGCAAGUGCCUAAUCCGCUGAAGUGGUGUCUAAAUCUUGUUAAUGCACCCUGACUGAGCAGCGCUCUCUCCCCUGAGCCUCUGUCGUUAUCACCAUGGAGAUCUCGGCACCUACUGCCAUUUGCUGUCCCACUAUCAGCCUCACGGUGUGGAAAUGAUAGCGGAGAUGGCCUUGUGUUAUAGAAUAGAAGCUUUUACUCUGCAUCCAACAGAACAGUGGCAACAUCACCAUGCACAACCUGUAGACCGGUAGGAAGGUGGUACCUGUAUAGAUGGUGGAAAAUCCCACUGCACCACUAACUAGGCUGCACCCUUAAAAAAAGCACCAAGGUCUUGCUUUGUAAUUUCAUAUGAUUUCUGUCUCACUCUUUUUUUGUUUGAUAAGUCACAAUAAUAAAUAAUAAUAGAGAUAAUACACAAUUAUUUUCAUGCCUUUUUGCCUGUUAACCAGACAGAUCAAUUAAAAAUGCAACUUAGACAAUAGAAUUAAUCACUGCUGUAUCCGAAUGCCAUUACUGCAGUUUGGGUCUUUCAUCUGACUUUAAAAUGAUCUAAUUAUCAAGAACAUAAGUGUGGAAAAUGCCUGUUAUUUAUUGAGGAAGUCAUUGUUACCGUUUUCUACAUUACCUCAAUUAUUAGAAUAUACAUCUUAAGUCUUAAGUCUUAGUUUAUUUAUGUCAAGUCUUAAAUAUACUGUAUAAUACCCAAUAAACCUUUCUACAUAUUUUGUUAGUAAAGUAAGGUUUCAUGUGUUCUUUACAUCCUAAAUAUACAGAGGUAAGCAUAAACCCUUAGGACUUGCAAGCAUAUGACGUAGUUGACCUUAGGAUCUUUCCUGUUGUAUACUGUAAAAUAGGUUAAUGACAGCACACAAGUCACAAUUAAUGCUGAAAUAUUAUACACUUAAGGUUAUCUGCUA